AUGAAUCAAGAGGCAUUGCAAAAGGUUCUAAUAGAAAUGGACAAUCAGCUUAAUAAAUCAAGAGCAGAAUUGUCAAUGGUGAAUUUACAGCUAGAUAGAGUUAACACAAAUUUAAAUGUAAUAAAUUCAACGAAUAAACGAUUAAACAAGUUAAAUAAACAGGAUGAACAAAUCUGGCAAGGAGUGGGUAAAGCAUUUAUAGCUAAUACUACCAAAAAUUAUCUCGAUGAAUUAGCCACAAAUGAAAAAGAAUAUAAGUCAACUGAGAAAAACCUAAAGAUAAAACAAGAUUAUUUACAAACUACUCUUGAAAAGACAAUUGAUAGUAUGACGAAAAUAGUGGGAAAUGGGGAAGAAAAAAAAUGA